AUAAACAAAAAAACAUUAGCAUAGGAAAUGGCGAAGAAAAAAGAGGGGAGAAGAAGAAGCUCUCUCUUUUUGUAGUCACAACUUCUCAUUCGAUUGCUCACUUUCUCUCUCUAGAUCUGUGAAUACACCUCCCCGUAUUUGUAAAACCCCUAUACCAAUACACACGCUUAACUUUAAGCGUAUAUACACAGUAACGAUGACGCUUCUGCUGCAGCAGCUUGUGGGAUAACCAUCUUUACUCUUUUGAAUUUGGUGUUAAAUGAUGGAUAUCCGAAGCUGGAAAUAGAACAUCUUGACUCCUGUUGGAUUUGACAGUAGAGGAGCUGCAGCUAUGAGUUUUAGUUUUCUGAAUGUUGAAACUGAAGACACGUUUACAAGCUUGCUCGAACACGCUGCCAACAAUGAUCUAGAGGGAUUCAAGAAGUUUAUUGGUUGCAACCCUUCAAGUGUUGAUGAGGUUGGGCUAUGGUAUGGGCGACAAAAUGGCUCGAGUCAGAUGGUUCUGCAGCAUCUAACCCCCUUGAUGGUGGCUGCUACUUAUGGCAGCAUUGAUGUUCUGAAACUGAUUGUCUCCUUACCCGAAGUUGAUGUUAAUCGCAACUGUGGUGUUGAUAAUAGCACAGCUCUUCACUGUGCUGCUUCAGGUGGAUCGGUUAAUGCAGUUGAUGCUGUGAAACUGCUUCUGGCAUCUGGUGCAGAUCCGAAUUUAACUGAUGCCAAUGGCCGUAGGCCUCUUGAUGUUGUUGUUGUCUCUCCAAAGUCGCAGGCGACUAAAUAUUCCAUUCAAAUGAUGCUCACAAUGGGUGCUUCCUUCGAGGAGGAGCACCAUCUUAGAGUAUUGAUAGGUGCUUCGAGUCUGGACUCACCGCCGCUUUCACCAUCUCUUGCAAAUGGGUCCCCCCGUUCUCCGGAGUUAGUGCCUUCUCCGGAGGGAAUGAAAUCCAAUGAUCUUCCUGCUUUCCCAGCCCCCGAGAAGAAAGAAUACCCUGUUGACCCUUCUUUACCUGACAUCAAGAACAGCAUCUACUCUACAGAUGAAUUUAGGAUGUUUUCUUUCAAGGUACGGCCUUGUUCACGUGCCUACUCGCACGACUGGACUGAGUGCCCCUUCGUUCACCCCGGUGAGAAUGCUCGAAGAAGGGAUCCUAGGAAGUACCACUACAGCUGUGUGCCAUGUCCAGAUUUUCGUAAGGGGGCUUGUCGAAGAGGGGACAUGUGUGAAUAUGCUCACGGGGUUUUCGAGUGCUGGCUGCACCCUGCCCAGUACAGGACCCGGCUAUGCAAGGAUGGGACGAGCUGCAAUAGAAGAGUUUGCUUCUUUGCUCACACACAAGAGGAGCUCAGACCCUUGUAUGUCUCCACUGGCUCUGCUGUUCCUUCUCCUCGAUCCAAUGCCUCUGCUGCCAAUGCCAUGGAUUUCACUGCAGCGAUGAGCCUUCUUCCUGGUUCACCAUCUUCAGUUCCUGCCAUGUCCCCAUCUCCGUUCACUCCGCCCAUGUCUCCAUCUGCCAACAGCAUUUCAAACCCAAGUUGGCAGUUCCAGCAAAAUGUUCCAGCGCUGCAUUUACCCGGAAGCAACUUCCAAUCUAGUCGGCUGCGCUCGUCUCUUCAUGCUAGAGAUAUUCCAUUUGAAGACAUGAAUGCAUUCGGAGAUAUGGAUCUCCAGCAGCAGCAGCAGCUCUUGAAUGAGCUGCCCCAUCUCUCCCAGCCAAGUAUUAGUGCUAAUAUGAUGAACCGUUCUGUUCGUCCUAAAACCCUAACCCCUUCGAAUCUGGAGGAAAUUUUUUCGGUGGAGAGCUCAUCUCCUCGAUAUUCAGAUCAAACAUUGGCAUCAACUGUUUUCUCACCUACACACAAGUCAGCUGUCCUUAACCAAUUCCAGCAGCAGCAACAGAGCAUGCUUUCUCCAAUCAAGACGACAUUUUCACCAAGAAACGUUGAUCACACCCUACUGCAGGGCCCUUUUGGAGUUCCCUCUUCCGGAAGAAUGUCACCUCGUGCUGUGGAGCCUAUCUCACCUAUCAGUGCCCGGGUAUCCAUGCUAGCUCGACAGGAGAAGCAGCACCAACAAUUCCGUAGUCUAAGCUCACGUGACCUUGGCUCGAACGCUGCAGCUGCAGUCGCCUCCAUGGAGGGGAAUUGGUCGAAGUGGGGGUCCCCCAAUGGUCAACCAGAGUGGGGUGUCAAUGCUGAUGACUUUGGGAAGCUGAAGAGAUCUUCUUCUUUCGAUCUUCUCAACCAUGGUGAGGAACCUGAUUUAUCUUGGGUUCACUCUCUCGUUAAAGAAUCCCCACAGGAAAUGAAGGAAAAAUCUGUGCCCCGUGUCUCUGGCGCUACGGGUACUGCCACAUCCUCUGGUGAAGGUGCGCAUUUGAAUAUCGAGAUUGAACAAGUUGACCAAUCUGUUUUAGGUGCAUGGCUCGAGCAAAUGCAGCUUGAUCAGCUCAUGGCUCAGUAAUAUCAGAAUCUUUCUUCUAAACCAUUAGGUCCAGUUGAUGAGAUUUUUGGUGAAGAUUCCAGCUUUGUGUUUCGGAUUUCGUUGGUUGCUAGCUUUAGCAAAAGAAGGCAGUAUAGUGCCAUGCAAAGGACAAUGGUCUGAGUAUAAGGAUAAACAUAAGUAUUUUUUUUGUUGCUAUUUUUAUUAAUUCUUUUAAACUAGAUGUUGAAAGAAUGAGUAGUCAGCCGAGAUGGUUGAAGAAACAUCCGGUUUAGAGAAGAACUAUCCUCAGUUUUACUGAAAUAUAAGAAUUUUCUAGUUUCUUA